AUGCUGAUGGUGGCAAGGUUCCUCAUAUUGGACGUCUGGGGGGCCUUGCUCUCGCUGCUGAUUCUGACUUUGGGAACCUUCGUGCUGGCCACCGGAGCAGGUGUGGACACUGGCUACUGCCUCUACUACGGGCUGAUGUGCCUGGUGAACGGCAUCUUCGACGCCAUCCUCUUCUUGGAGAGGGCGAUUCACGUCAAGUACCCUCUCUUCUCCAGGCACGCCCCGGCAGUCUUCAACGCCGCUUCGGGUGUGUUCCUCAUCUGCCCCAUCAUCGAGCUGGCGGCGGCCUCCCUGGCCGCUGCGAUCUACAUAGAGGCGUCCGAGCAGGAGAGCCGGCUACUGAUGCCCAGCCUCCAGCAGUUGGACUUCGGCUCCGUCCAGGAGGGCGAGGCCCACCGCCCGUCGGAGCAGUUCCAGGCCUUCACAGGUCGCAGCUACCACCUCUGA